AUGCCAGCAAGCUUCGAGCCGUCAAUGGUGGUGCCAGGUGACGGCGAGCGCUCCUCUCAGCUCUCAGCGCCAAGCCCGAGGAGGGAUUCGGAGACAAAGGCGCGCGAGCGCGACGGGCGCGGGUCGCUCAUGGCCUCGCAGAACUCCGAGACCGUGAAGCGCGAGCAGGCAGAGGCUGCCAAGAGGAAAACCAUCUCGGGCGCCAUCAACAGCGCCAAGCAGGCACUAGCUCAAAGCCGAUGGUACAGCAGCUCCACGGCUGUCGCGCUACGUGGCAUCCUUCAGGGAAGGAACUGGGCAUUGCUCAUGGUUAUAGCUUUGCUCCUCGCUUUAUUUAUGCCGGACAUUUGGGUCCUGGCGGGCAUCAAUGAUACGCUCGGGAUCGAUAUCGUCCUGACAAUGGUCAUGGUACUCUUCACGAUUGAGCUGCUCCUGCUCAGCGUCAUAGACUCACAUUAUACCCUCAGCUUUUUCCAGCUUAUGGAUGUGUUCGGCACAGUCUCAAUGAUUUUCGACAUCUCGUUUAUGCUUGGCGUCGCCGCCAACGAGCCUCAAGUAGCUUCAAACAGCGCGGACGCGACAGCCAACCUCAUGCUCUUGAGGGCAGCCCGAGCCGCCAAGGUUGGGGCACGAGCAGGCCGGCUCUCACGGGUUCUCCGCUUCCUCCGGUUCUUGCCUUUCCUCGCCGGCUCAAGUGGCUCAAGGAACUCUGUAGAUUCCCCAAAAGCCCUUCCACUGCCUUCAAGCUUGGCGCUCGAGAUCUACUUGAUUCGCCGCAAGGAGACUGGCAACACGGGCGUCCUCGAGGAGCGGGGCUCACCCACCGAAAUUGGUGAUGACACCGAUGAGGACCUCAAGGAGGAACCUGCUGGUGACGAGGAUAAUGUCCAGGGUGCUGCCGGGGGUUCUCCUAGGUUGGCAAUGCAUGUCGACGGCACGGGUGGCUCCCCUUCGCGAAGUAAGCGUGCUCGUGAUAAUGAUGGGCCUGAACCAGAAUCUCGUCGACCUCUAUCUCCUGGUGAUGAUCGCCCUGUCUCCUCCCGUGAGUUUCGUCAUCUCCUUCAAGAGCAUCUUCAAACUAUGACCCAAGCGUGGGGUGAGAUGAACGGUAGGAUGACCAAAGUCGAAAAGGAUGUUAGUGCCAACAAGACCGAAAAGGACCUGAUGUAUUCCCGCAUUGCCCAGACUGAGAGGAAGCAAGCUGAAAGCCUGGGUCGCAUCGAGAAGAUUGAGAAGGACCUUCAAGAAAUCCGUGCUUCGGGGAGUGCGAGUGGGUCCAAUGGUGGACAAGACGGUGCCAACCGCCCUGGCUCUGUCCUGGUGGCGAUGGCCGUGCUGAACCUGGACGUGAUGCAGCUGGAGGACGUGAGGGUGGUCCUCGUGAUGAAUUAUCUGAAGAAGAUCGACGUGAUCCAAUGCCUUCGUGCACAACCACAUCGGCUUGCCUCUACCAUGCAGGGUGGUCCAGAUCCUCUUGGACGACCGAUGUGGGCACAGUUUGUCAAGACUCGUGAGGCCCGACGCAGAAGUUCCCAUGGAUCGUUGCUUCGACGGGUGUGUCUACAACUUGCCAAGGAUGCCGCGCACCAGGGUGAGGCACACAAUCCUGCUGCGGUCGAGGAGGGUGCCUUUGAUGUGGACUGGAAUGCGGGCACGGUGUGGCUUGGUGAGUGGAAGCUUGGUUCAAGCACACAUCGUCCUCCGGUACAUGAGGAUGUCAAGUUGCUCUCGACCGGAUGGGUAGAUGUGGGCUCGGUUGCCAAGGCCCUGGGUGUUACCUGGGAUUCUGCACUUGGCGCCUUUGAGCGCGAGCUGUGA